AUUUCUCGCUCGCUCGCUAUAUAUAUAUAAAUUGAUCAGAGAUCGAGUUUGUGGGGGCAAUUGUGGAAACCAGAGAGCGAGAAAGAGAAAUGAGGGGUUCGGUUUGUGUAUAUUUUGUUUUUCCUGUCCUUCUUCUCUGUUCUUUGGGUUCAGCGACUCUUCGCAUACCAUCAAACGCGAGGCUUCCAUCGCUUCAGGGUGAGAAGUUAAUCAGAGAGCUCAAUUUGUUCCCAAAGGAGUCCAUCAACAUCAUCGAUCCCAAUGAUGUCUCUGCUGCGCCUGUCGCUCCCAGGAUCGUCGAGAAGCGUUUCAAAUUUCCCAAUUUCGUCGACCCCGACGUUUCCGCCGAAGACUUGGGUCACCAUGCCGGCUACUACACGAUUCAGCAUUCUCAUGCUGCUAGGAUGUUCUACUUUUUCUUUGAGUCACGCAACAGCAAGAAAGACCCUGUUGUUAUUUGGUUGACUGGAGGGCCAGGAUGUAGCAGUGAGUUGGCUAUGUUCUAUGAAAAUGGGCCUUUCAAUAUAGCAAAAAACUUGUCUCUUGUAUGGAAUGAACAUGGGUGGGACAAGGCAUCAAACCUUCUGUAUGUGGAUCAACCCAUUGGGACUGGCUUUAGUUAUAGUUCUGAUAAACGUGACAUUCGACACAAUGAAGAAGGUGUCAGUAAUGACUUGUAUGAUUUCUUGCAGGCCUUCUUUGCGGAGCAUCCCCAGUUUGCAAAGAAUGACUUUUACAUAACUGGAGAGUCAUAUGCUGGGCACUAUAUACCAGCUUUUGCUGCUCGAGUCCACCAAGGAAACAAAGCUAAAGACGGAAUUCACAUAAACCUGAAGGGAUUUGCCAUUGGUAAUGGGCUUACUAAUCCUGAAAUUCAGUACAGAGCAUACACAGAUUAUGCAUUGGACAUGGGGAUUAUUAAGAAAUCUGAUUAUGAUCGUAUCAACAAGGUGCUUCCUGUCUGUGAAAUGGCAAUAAAGCUUUGUGGAACUGAUGGUACAAUCUCUUGUGUGGCUUCAUACUUUGUUUGCAAUACCAUAUUCAGUAGCAUCAUGUUGAUUGCCGGUAACGUUAAUUACUAUGACAUCAGAAAGAAGUGUGAUGGCAACCUUUGCUAUGACUUCUCGAACAUGGAGGAAUUUCUGAAGCAGAAAAAUGUUAGGGAAGCUCUUGGAGUCGGGGACAUAAACUUUGUUUCUUGUAGCCCUACUGUGUAUCAGGCUAUGCUUGUGGACUGGAUGAGGAACCUCGAAGUUGGCAUACCUGCUCUCCUCCAGGAUGGAAUCAAGUUACUUGUAUAUGCUGGGGAAUAUGAUCUUAUCUGCAACUGGCUUGGCAACUCAAGAUGGGUGCAUGCCAUGGAAUGGGCUGGUCAGAAAGAGUUUGUAGCAUCUCCUGAAGUUCCUUUUGAAGUUGAUGGUUCUGAAGCGGGAGUGUUGAAGAGCCAUGGGCCUCUCAGUUUCCUCAAGGUCCACGAUGCGGGUCAUAUGGUUCCAAUGGAUCAGCCUAAAGCUUCACUGCAGAUGCUAAAGAGGUGGACUCAGGCUCACUUUCGGGAGCCACUGCUGAACCGGAAACUUGGGUCUUCAAUGUGAUUUCUAAAAAUGUGGCAGGGUUUUAUUUGAUAUGUGUUUGUAAAUAUAUGUCAAACAACAAGAUCUUGGCUUCUUGCUGGUGUUUUUCAAAAUCCUGAAGAUCUCAAUAAAAUAUGAAAAUGAACAUCCCUAGGGUUUGUCUA